GCUUUCCCCCUGAUGAAGAUGGCGACCCGGGCGGAACGGGAGCGACAGCAGCGGCAGAACGAGCGGCACCAGGAGCUGCUCCGGGAGAUGCUGCAGGACAGCAAGGAGUGUGCGGACUGCGGCAGCCGAGGACCAAGAUGGGCUUCAUGGAACCUGGGAGUGUUUGUGUGCAUUCGCUGUGCUGGUAUUCACAGAAACCUUGGCGUCCACAUCUCCAAAGUGAAAUCCGUCAAUCUGGACCAAUGGACACCAGAACAGAUACAGUGCAUUCAAGAAAUGGGAAACUCAAAGGCCAGGAAAUUGUACGAAGCCCACCUUCCCGCUAACUUCAAGCGGCCACAAAUGGACCAAGCUGUGGAGGGCUUCAUAAGAGACAAAUAUGAAAAGAAGAAGUAUUUCGAUAGAAGUAUUGAUAUCGCUGCAUUCAGGAAAGAAAAUAACAAAUGGAAGAAAGAGAGUAAAGAAAAGGAGAGCAAAACUGCACCAGUUAUUUUUGAAAAAGUUAAAGUGCCACCAAAGAAAGAUGAACAGCAGCAAUUGAAAACGAGCCCUUCAAUACCUGCUGGCUCUACUAUUGACCUGCUGGGACUAGAUGCUCCUGCAGUAGCUCCUGCCUCCAAUGGGACCUGUAAUCUAAACACAGCACCAGCCAGUGACCUGGAUCUCUUUGGACCCAUGGUGUCCAACCCGCUGCCUGAUUCCAGCCCUUUCCCAAACACGGCUUUGGCUUCCACUCCACAGGAAGGAGCUGAAAACUUGAACCUCUUCGCUGAACCCAACCUGAAACUAGAGGAUUCUGGAAAAAAGCAACUUUCGAAGGACUCCAUUCUAUCACUUUAUGGGUCACAGACUCCCCAAGUACCUACUCAAGGGACAAUGUUCAUGGCCUCUACACAGGUGCCCUAUGCUCCCUGUGUGCCAUCUGGCUAUGCAAAUUUCCCACCUAUGGGUGGCGCAGUGACACCGACCAGUGGCAUGAUGAGUAACGUGGGGCAAUUGAUGGGCCCAGUGGCACUGCCAGGAGGUUUCAUGGGAGGCAUGCAAGCUGGAGUAAUGGGCAUGCCUAGUGGGAUGAUGGCACAGCAGGGCACCUAUGUGGGUGGAUUGGCCAUGCCUCAGCCAGUAUAUGGAGUCCAGCAGGCACAGCAGCUGCAGUGGAACAUCACACAGAUGACUCAGCAGAUGGUGGGAAUGAAUUUUUAUGGCGCCAAUGGAAUGGUGAAUUAUGGACAAUCAUCAGUUCCCAUGGGAGCGGGAGCUGCUCCCCUCGCUAGUCAAUCCCUCGGCACCCAAAUGUGGAAAUAGCCAGAACGGAAGUAAACAGGAAACAGCAAUUGCUGCAUGUUUCAAAACCACGUGGAAGACAUUUUGGCUUCUCUAUUCCAGCCAGUUUGCAGUGUGUGAUCUCAACUCCAUUUUGCCUAUAGAUCCUACACAGACUUGGCAAGAACUUCACCAUCAAAACAGCAACCAUCGUUACCAAAGCAAUUUCUAAUACAAAUAUUUUUUUUCCCAAAGAAGGAUUCUUUGGGAGCCUGAUUCCUUCAAAGGAAGAGUGUGGGCAGGGUGUGUGAUCCUGAACUUUGUGCUUGGUGCAGCUUUGGCCACUUGCUUCUGUUUAAAUUUCUUUGCCAUUUGUUUUGUGACAAUAGCAGCACAUGGCAGGCUGCCUUGUUUCUAGUGCUGAUUUGGAAUUGAUAAGAUCAGGCUCUGUGAGUAAAUGAUCAGGAGAGCUGUUCAGCUUUGGAAAGAGUGGCAGUAACACAGGAAAAUGAUAAUUGCACAUGUCCAGUUUAUCAGCCCUGAGCCUCCCUGCACAGCACGGAAGUGUAUGAACUGAAGCAUGCAUGUUCCUCCAUUUGACAGGGGCCUUCACCUGGGUCAGGAGCCUUCAGUAAAUACCCACUUCUUAAGCUAUCUUAUUGGGUUAAUUGUUUUGCUGAUAACUCUUAAAUAACUGGUGUUGCUGUUUACAGUAGUUUAUAUAGUGCUGCUAAUUUUUUUUACAACAGUUGCUGUUCUUCUGUUGUUUGGCACUGGCACUGAAACUGCAACAACUGGCUUGGGAUUUAGUUGCAGAACAGCAAAUUCUGGUUGGAGGAAUGAGGCAGCACAAGUGAGAUGGAGAACUCUGUUAUUCCAAAACUUGUGUAUCACAGUAUCAAGAACAAGGCAUAAAACGGGUUAACUGAGACCUGCCCCUCUACCUCUCUCAGGGUGAGAUGUCGUACACAGUGCACCAACCAGCCAGCUUCAUUACCUAAGUAAUCAUAUUCCAACACAAAAGUGUACUGUUUUUAAGCUCCAAACAAAGUUGUUUUUAAAUCAGUUCAAUGCACUUGGUAUGAAAGACCAGAGGGAUAAAGGAGGUAGAUCGGAGGCGAGAGAUGAAUGAGUGUUUGAGACUGGUAUUCGUGAGCUGUGUGCAAGGUUUCACACAGAUCAAAGUGAGAACGGAGUGGGAUAAGGUCCACUUUCAGCACUGGUCAACCUUUUAUAUAUAGUAGAGUUGAAGAAUUAAGUCUUUGAUCUCAUUCGGCUCUUUGCUUUCUGACAGUUUAUAACCACUGUUCCUUCUAUCUUGUAUUGUGGCUGAGGACAUAGCAGACUUGGGGCAGUCUUUGUGUGAUGUACACCUUAAAGCCAUGUUUCUCCUUGUAUCAAUACUGGGGCAGAUUAUAGAUUCUCUGUUGCCACAUUGGUGUACUUGAGUCCGGAUUGACACAUACAAAACAUACUUGAAUAAUGAACACCUGGUAUUACAUGUGGCAGAAGGAAAAUGCUGCGUUGGCUGCAGGAGCUGCAGCUGCUGGUUUUUCCGGAAGUAGCUCAUUUCUGUUCCUUCCUUCCUCCCUACAUUGCCCCCUGCACCCCCCUCCCCCCGCCCUCCCCCACACUCCCCUCAGCCUGUCUGUGAGUGAAGUGUUAGGCCACAAAUAAACACCAAUCUCUGAGUCUGAUUGUGCAAAAGAAGUAGGAGGCCUUUGAAUUGAUACUGUGAAAUAACCGGAAGCAGAGUAUUGGGAGUAAAGUUAUGCACAUCUACUGUGCUAGUGCCUGAUCACCGUCUGCAGCCCGUGGGUAUGGAGAGUGCCCUUUGAUUACUACCUUAGUAAGAGAGCAACUGGACAUAUCACUAAAAAGGGUUUUAAUGUCUUGUGUCUGAUUUUUAUUUUCUGAGGAGCUGGGGGAAGAGAAUUCCUCUUGCACUUGCCAACUACAUGGCUGCUUUAACUAGCUUUCAAAACUGGUGUGUGGGGGGGAUGAUGCUGCUAUGUAAAGGGUUAAGAUCCACUUCAGUACUUCUCAUAGGAUUUUUCAAGCAUCGAUGGCCUAAUUAGAUUUGGGGCACAUGGUCACAUGUACAAUUUUAGAAAAACAGAUUUUUGCUGGGUCAUUUCACUGAAGAGGGAAUUCUAAAAAUGUAACAUUUUUAACUGAUAGGAGAUUGGCCUGUACCACGGUGUAGUUAAGGUUCUAAAUAGUUCAGAUCAGUUGUCUAAGCAAAAAUUCAACUGAUGAGCUGGCAGUGACUGACAGGUGCAGCUUGGUUUUGGAUUUUUAAUGUUUUUUAUCAGUUAAGAGAAAUAUUGACCUGCUAAGGCAGUUGGAUAAACUCUUGCAGCCUGGUAUAGUCAGACGGUAUAAUCGUAUCUAACCAUGUGAUCCUAAAGGGUAACAAGUGAUUUGAAUCAGAGAAGCAGCCACAGAAUGCAAUGGCUCCUAUGGUGCUGGCCCCAAUAAUUAGGACUGCACAAAAUUAUAGUCAAUUCCACGUGGCCUGACAUUAAAUGUGAUGUUUUGGGUUUUCACUAAAUCUGGCAAGGUUUCAGGUGUUGUUUCCCUUACCCAGUCUGAAUAGUUGCCUGCUAACAGGAAACAUGUCUCUAUUAAAGGGAAAGUGAUAUGAAUUUGUUGGAAAAAACCUAUGUAAAUCUUGGAUUAGUAGCUUGUGUCUUUUCAAAACAUGACUAGAGAUUAGCUUUUGCUUUUUUUUUUGCUUCUAAUUUCUGUUAAAUUAGCUUCUUCAACCUGUAAAGUUUGGACUCAACACUGCUGCAGGAGAAUUAUUGAAAAUGACUUACCCAGAGUUACCCAGAGGAGUGAGAUUAAAGUUGUUUGCUCUUUUCACCAAUUAUUUUCACUGCAAUUAUGAGUCCUGUUUAAAUUGCUGAGGAAAAUGAGUCGAAUUGAAUUUAAGAUAAAAUAAACUAUUUGGGGUGAGAAUGACUAGAGAUUAAAUGCAUAUAUUUAAAUCAGUUAUGAGAAUCUCCUCAUUUGAAGCUGGAAUAUGGAGUGGCAACCAGCACAGAUGCCAAAACACAAACCUCAGUCUGUCUGACAGUGAGCAUUGCAGGUUUGACUUGCUGCAGUACAUGGCAGGGAAUGUGGUGCUUGCUGUUAUAUGGGUCUGACACUGAAGGGAGGUGUCAUAGAGGAAACACUCCUGUACUCAAAUCAGUUGUUCCUCUGUAGGAGCCUGCACAUUAAAAAGGGAAAUUAGAGAGCAAGAGUUUGUAGCUAAUGAUUGCCGUGAUGUGCCAGAGACUGAUUUUGUAUGUAAUCCUUGUGAGCAUAAACUGUGGGAUCACAUAUAAUCUAAAACUGCUUAGAAUCAUACUUUGGACAAGGAGCAGAGGGUACAAUUUUCAUGAGCGGAAGGAUAGACACAUUAUCAACAAUUCUCUACUCUGUGUUUAUAGAUAUUCGCCAGUUCUGUUCAAGGAGGAAACAUUUCAGGUUCAAAGAAAAUGUAUUAAAAGGCAAGUAUCCGUAGUACAAGACACACACUCUGAGCUGUGACUGUGAAAACUGUUUAAGGAGUGCAACAUUCCUCUUGCACUGAGGUUACAGUAUAAAUAUAAAUCCACUUCUUCCCACAUUUCCACAACUAAUUCUCCAGACUCAGAUAGUGCCUCUAUCUGCUCUUAGUGCUGUAAUACUAAUAUUUUGGUGGUAGGUGAUCUGAUUUCACAGAAGUCACUGUUUACUGUCUUUCAAAUUGAUAUUUUCCCUACCUGCUUUUAGUUCAGCAGCACUUGUGAAGUGUCAUGAAUCUGUAUAAUUGCACUGGAUUUCCCAACUCCAUAGUAGGCUGAUGUGUGGGGAAAGUGAUCUGCAUGUGGUUGAUCUGUUUCUCUCCGUCACCUCUGCCCCCUCUACUUCAUGCUCCACACCGAUAGCUAGUCCUCCACCAGCUGCGCCCCACUGGCUGAUAGAAACCAGGGUCCAGACUAUCCUGUGUUCACUGGAGUGAGCAGGUGGGCUGAGCUCACUGUUCCAUCUGUAGUUUAAAGGUGCAUUUGAACUGCAUACAAAUUUCAAAAUCCAGAGCUGCUUUUAUAUUAAUGAAUCAUUUGAAUCCAGGACACUGGUUCUCCUGAAUUUUCUGCUGGGAAUUAACAGUGUAAAUACUAGAGUGAUCGACAGAGAUUGGUGUCCCCAUAAUCUGGAUUGAAAAGGCAUCAAUAUAGAAGUAGUUAGAGUUUUUGUACUUCCCCAUUAAUGACUGAAUGUUAGCUUGUAUGCACGAUGAAACUGGGCAGGGGAAUUAAGUUCCCUGUUUUCAGGGUACAGGUGAUGUUCAUAAGAGGUCCUGAAUGAAGUUUUAAUUUGUUUAUUUAUGCAUAUACAAAUAUAUUAAUAUAAAUCUGAUUUAUGCUAUUUUUAUGAGGCUGUUUUGUUUAUAAAGAAGUUACUAUAUAUAAAACAGUGUUGCAAAAAAUUAAUACCUUUCACAUAUCUUGGGAAGGCCAGCUUAUGUGUGACCAUUGGAGGCUGUAGUUUAACACUGGUCUUCAGUGCAUAACUGAGACAUUGCACCAAGUCAGUAAACGGAAGUUGUGUUUUAGCUAAAGAAAGAUGGUGUUAGAUAGAGCUCAGGGGGUAAAGGGCAUGGUUUUAUUUUCUUGUAAACUUUGGCACAUAUUCACAUGUUUAUAUGACUGGAUUUUAGCCUUGUGCUAGAUUGGAAAUAGGAAGUUAUUUUUAGAAUACACAGAAGCUAUUUUUUCAGUGCUCUCUUCUUUUUCUGAUUGCUGUUCCGUGGGGUUCCCUGUUCACCAGGUUCAAGAAUGUUUUGGUUUCUGGCAAUGUUUGUUCUCGAGGUCUGCUCACUCAAAUGGUUUGCUGAAUUGGGUCAGAGAUUGGGUUUGCAGGGGUCAUGGAUCAACUGAAGUGCAAGACCGAGCGAUAUCUUGAACUGCUGUGCUGCUUUCAUUUCAGCCACACCAUCACUCAGCUCCUAACUCCCAUUGUCACGCAGUGCUUCAUCUGCAGUCGAUUCUGAAUCUUUAUUAAACUCGAAUGUUAUUCCUGUGCAGUAGCACUCAUCCAGGGACAUUUUAAUCUUUUAGCAAUGUUUGUUUACUGAACUGCCUGGGACCAACUCAACAUUCUUUGUGAGGCAAAAUGAUGCUUUAUGUUUUCCCCCUCUUACCCCACCUCCCCAACCUGCCGGCCUCACUUCACAAAUUUAUGUGAAAACUCGCUAUGCUAUAGUGCACAAUUUAAUUCACUGGUGUAAGCAUGCCAGCAAUGGAGUAACUUAUCUGUGAAUGUGUUUCCAUAUUCUGGUUUUCUGCUUCCAGCUCUGUCCUGUAAAAUAUAUAUAAAUAAAUAUAUUCUCAUUGUAAUAUAAAGCUUGUGGGGAAAUGGAAAAUAAAGAUUUUAUUAAAGUUUUACUUUGUAUACUGAAA